AUGACCCAACGAUCUUCUGUCACCAUCAAGUCAGGGGGCACCCGGAAUUUCAGUGCUUCCUCAGCCAGCCUCCUUCCGGGCUGCCGGACCAGUUUCAGCUCUGUCUCCACAUCCCAGGGUGGGAAGAGCUUCGGAGGUGGCUUUGGGACCAGGAGCCUCCACAGCCUGGCGGGUAGCAAGAGAAUCUCCAUCAGUGGAGGUUACCGCUCCAGCCGGGCUGGUUAUGGUGGUGGUGCUGGCUAUGGGCUGGGUCUCGGGGGCAUCGGGUACAGAGUGGGGGGAGCCUGCAGUGGGUAUGGAUUUGGAGGUGGGAUGGCAUCUGGAGCUGGAGGCAUCCAUGAGGUCACGGUCAACCAGAGUCUCCUAACUCCACUCCACCUGGAGUUUGAUCCUUCUCUUCAGCGGGUUCGGAAGGAAGAGAAAGAGCAGAUCAAGACUCUCAACAACAAGUUUGCCUCCUUCAUCGACAAGGUGCGGUUCCUAGAGCAGCAGAAUAAAGUCCUGGAGACAAAAUGGAGCCUCUUGCAAGAUCAGAAAACCACCAAGAUCAAUAUCGAGCCCAUGUUUGAAGCAUAUAUCAACAACCUGAGACGUCAGCUGGAAGGCCUGGGUGGGGAGCGGACGAGGCUAGAGACUGAGCUGAAGAGCAUGCAGGACGUGGUGGAGGACUUCAAGAACAAGUACGAAGAAGAAAUCAACAGGCGCACUGCGGCAGAGAAUGAGUUUGUGGUGCUCAAGAAGGACGUGGACGCUGCAUACAUGAAUAAGGUGGAGCUAGAGGCCAAGGUGGAUGCCUUGACUGACGAGAUCAACUUCCUGAGGGCCUUCUACGAGGCGGAGUUGGCUCAGCUUCAAACCCAGAUCUCAGAGACCUCUGUGGUCCUGUCCAUGGACAACAACCGCUGCCUGGACCUGAACAGCAUCAUUUCUGAGGUCAAGGCCCAGUAUGAGGACAUUGCGAACCGCAGCCGGGCUGAGGCUGAGUCCUGGUACCAAACCAAGUACGAGGAGCUGCAGCGGUCUGCCGGCCAGCACGGCGACAAUCUCCGCACCACCAAGACGGAGAUCUCUGAGCUGAACCGCAUGAUCCAGAGGCUGCGCUCAGAGAUUGAGAACGUGAAGAAGCAGUGUGCUACCCUCCAAGCUGCCAUCGCUGAUGCAGAGCAGCGUGGUGAACUGGCCCUGAAAGAUGCCAAACACAAGCUGGCCGAGCUGGAAGAUGCCCUGCAGAAGGCCAAGCAGGACAUGGCCAGGAUGGUGCGUGAGUACCAGGAGCUGAUGAACGUCAAGCUGGCCCUGGACAUCGAAAUUGCCACCUACCGCAAGCUGCUGGAGGGCGAGGAAUGCAGACUUACUGGAGAAGGUGUUGGACCUGUGAAUAUCUCCGUGGUCUCUUCCUCCAGCGGCACAGGCUACAGUGGGGGCGGAGGCCUCUGUGUAGGUGGGGGCGGCUACAGCAGUGGCCUUUGCUAUGGCGGGGGCAGCAGUGGCUUCAGCUCCUCCAGCAGCCGCAGCGUGGGUGGCAGCAGCUCCAGCAUGCGCCUCAUCUCCAAGACCUCCUCCACCAAGAAGAGUUACAGGAGCUAA